CCUUCCUUCCUGUCCCUGAAGCUCCGGACUACUCAGCGAAAUGGCUGCGUUCAUGCGAGCUCGUAAAUAUGUUCGUUGUGUCGUCCGCUUCUCCGACCGUGAACUGUAAGCGAUAGCGUGGACGACGUUUGAAGAGACACAAAAAAUCAGAGCUAUUGACCAAAAGGUGUCAUGGCUGACGACAAUGUGGAUGAUGGAGGCACGAUGGAGGACGUCGAUGAAAAUUCAGAUGAUCCAAAUCUUCAACUGCAGCUCAAUGCGUUCAGAGCUCAGUGGAUGUCUGAACUCAAGCCUAACUCUGGAGCAACCGGAGCGAGUGACCGACUGCUGCGAGCUAAAGGUCUGAAGAAGUCACAGGAGAAUGCUCGGGAGGAAAAGGCCACGGAGCUGUUUCUGAGGGCCGUUCAGGAAGAGCAGAGUGGAGCCGUCUACGAGGCAAUCAAGUUCUAUCGCAUGGCUAUGCAGCUUGUUCCUGACAUUGAGUUUAAAAUCAACUACAGCCGUCCUUCUGACUCAGACCGCGGUGGAGGAAACUACCUGGAGGAUAACGAUGCCGAUGGGGACAUCGAGGAUCUAAUCGCCUACUUCGAGCAGCAGCUCACUCUGGAGAGCUCUUUUCCAAAGAUCUGCACUCCUGAGCUCGAACUGACUCAGGUGCACAUAUCAGCGUUGCCACGGGAAAUCCUGAUGUACAUAUUCCGCUGGGUGGUGUCAAGUGAUCUGGACAUGCGAGCCCUGGAGCAGCUCUCCUUGGUUUGCCGCGGGUUUUACAUUUGUGCAAGGGAUCCUGAGAUCUGGCGAUCAGCCUGUUUGAAGGUGUGGGGACGCAACUGCACCAAACUUGUACCCUUCAAAUCCUGGAGGGAGAUGUUUCUGCAAAGGCCGCGUGUCCGUUUUGAUGGUGUCUAUAUCAGUAAGACAUCCUACAUCCGCCAAGGAGAGGAAUCGCUGGAUGGAUUUUACAGGGCUUGGCACCACGUUGAGUACUACAGGUACCUCCGGUUCUUCCCUGACGGCCACGUCAUCAUGCUGACCACCCCCGAGGACCCACUGUACGUUGUCCCCCGCUUGCGUACGAGAAACACGAGAAUGGAUUCUGUUCUGCUCGGCCAUUUCCGUCUGUCACAGGAGACAGAUAAUCAAACCAAAGUUUUUGCUGUUGUCUGCAAGAAGAAGGAGGAGAAAGCGACCGAGUUUCAAAGGAAUCGGUUCUGCAGGCGGAACCCACCCCCAGAGGCUGAGCACAGCUUCCACGUCGGACUCCAUCUGACCUCUGGGGGGCGUCAUAGUGCCAGUAAGCUGGUGUGGAUCCACCACUCUUGUCACAUCACUUACAAGCUGACCGGGGAAACGGUUGUCACGGCGUUUGACCUGGACAGGAUGUACUCGCCCUUCCUAUUUGCACGUGUGAAGAGUUACACUGCUUUCUCUGAGCAGCCUCUUUAAGCCGCUUGAGGACCCGCACAUUAUCCCACGAACACCGCAGCAGAAAUUCAUUCACCAUCUCAACUAAAUGCAUACUCCUCAGCCUGCUUCGUUUCUGCUGCAGCUGGAUUCUGGUGUCGCUAUUUGAACCCUCAUGUUUCAGGUUUACGUAAUGCUGAAGAAUAAUAGAGUACUACUUAUUUUCUGAUUUCAGAAAUUACAAUGUUUUGCUGAGAGCUAAACUAAUUAGCCACCUUCCCACCUGUUCCAAGCAAUGAAUGUUCAUACUGUUUUUGUUUCAUGGUGCACUUUCUUCCUCAAAUAAACAGUGAUGAACAAAA